GUGUCAAAUGCAUGAACCGAACACCAUUCCCUGAGUUAUAUAUAUGGGAGUGCUCUCCCAUCCCAUCCCAUCCCACCCACUACUACUCACUUGCCAAUUACGCACACCACCAGCAAGUGAGAAGAAGGGACAAAAAUCUCUUUUAUCCAAACCAAAAUGCCUUCUUCUGAAACCACCAUAGUCUCAAAAUGCACCGUAUUCCCAGACCGAAAGUCCACUCUGAAAAACCUCAAACUCUCAGUUUCGGACCUCCCCAUGUUGUCCUGCCACUACAUCCAAAAGGGAUGCCUAUUCACCCAACCUUCUAUCCCUUUCCACACUCUCAUCCCUAUCCUCAAAUCUGCUCUCUCUCGAACUCUCUCUCUCUUUCCCCCUCUUGCCGGCCGUCUCACCACCGAUUCCGAUGGUUACGUCUACAUCACCUGUAACGAUGCCGGCGUCGAUUUCCUCCACGCCAAUGCCACCGGACUUUGCAUCUGCGACCUAUUGUCCCCACUCGACGUCCACGAUUCCUUCAAGGAAUUCUUCACCUUCGAUAGCAAAGUCAGUUACACCGGCCAUUCCUCUCCGAUUUUGGCCGUCCAGGUCACCCAACUCGCCGAUGGCGUUUUCAUUGGCUGCGCCGUCAAUCACGCCGUCACCGACGGCACCUCCUUUUGGAAUUUCUUCAAUACCUUCGCGCAGGUCUACAGAGGAGCCAGUAAGUGCCUCCAAAACGUCCCGGACUUCCGCCGCGAGUCCGUUCUAAUCUCCGACGCCGUUCUCCGGUUGCCGGAGGGCGGUCCUUGCGUGACGUUCGACGCCGACGCGCCGUUGCGAGAGAGAAUCUUCAGCUUCAGCCGCGACGACAUUCAGAAGCUGAAAGCCCGAGCAAACAACCGCCGGUGGCCGGAGAAUAACAGCGCCGCUGAGUUGAUGGGGAAACAGAGCAACGAUCCUCACGUGAAGGAGAACAGUAAAGUCGUCACGAUUCUCGAGAACUGGUUCAAGAGCACAGUUAAUUCAAAACAGCAAACGGUCACCGAAACGGUUGAGAUUUCGUCGUUUCAAUCGGUGUGCGCGCUGCUGUGGCGCGCUGUCACGCGCGCGAGGAAGUUUCCAGCGUCCAAAACGACGACGUUUAGAAUGGCAGUUAACUGUCGCCACCGGAUAGAACCUAAAUUGGAAGCGUACUACUUCGGGAACGCGAUUCAGAGCGUGCCUACUUAUGCUUCUGCGGGCGAAGUAGUGUCAAGGGAUCUACGGUGGUGCGCGGAGCAGUUGAACAAGAACGUGAGGGCGCACGACGACGCUAUGGUGCGGCGCUUCGUAGAGGAUUGGGAGAGGAACCCGAGGUGCUUCCCGCUUGGGAACCCCGACGGUGCAUCGAUCACUAUGGGUAGUUCACCGAGGUUUCCAAUGUACGACAACGAUUUCGGUUGGGGGAAGCCUAUGGCGGUGCGGAGUGGAAGGGCGAACAAAUUUGACGGUAAGAUUUCGGCGUUUCCCGGUAGAGAUGGCAGCGGAACCGUUGAUUUGGAGGUGGUGUUGGCGCCCGAAACAAUGGCGGGGCUGGAAUCUGAUCCCGAGUUCAUGCUAUACGCCACGAGGCAGUCAUGACACGUGUCGUAUCGCGGUGCUCCCAGCGUAACUAUUUGAUCCACAUGACGUGUCAGGUUCUCGUUCCAACGGUGAUGAUUUGGUUCCGGACUGGGGGCUGUAUCCUUGUGACAUAAUGUUGUAUUUUUUAGCUUUUUCUAUUAUCUACUUUUACUUUUUGAGUAUGAUGUAUUGUUUGUCAUGUGUCUACGUAAGAAACAAUUUCCUUUAGUUUUGUCUUCCACCAUUACAUCUGUAUCGUCACUGUAUUCCUUUUUUUUUUUAGAACGAGGGACGGAUUUAGAAAAUAAUUGAAGGGAGAGUCCAAGAAUAAAUAAAUAUUGUAAUAAAGUAUAAAAUUAUUACCAUUAAUUAAUUUUGUUU